AUGGCUCGAUUUGUGUGUGGCAGAUUUAUAGAUAAAGCAGCAUUCUUAAAUUCAAGGCAUUCAAAUGCCUGCUCUGUGACAGAUGUAGAGGAAGCAAAGCAGGUGAUAAGAGUUCUUCCCAUUUGGCUGACAGUCAUAUUUCCCAGUACAAUAGUAGUACAAGGUUUAUCGCUCUUUAUCAAGCAGGCAAUGACAAUGGAUAGGCAUAUGGGCUCUAACUUUGAAAUUCCUCCUGGCAGUAUUGGUGUUUUUUUUCAAAUACCAUUACUAUUUACCAUACCAAUCUAUGAUCGCCUUUUAAUCCCCCUUCUCAGAAGAUUCACGGGAUAUCCACGAGGCAUAACUAUACUACAGCGGAUUGGGGUUGGUAUGAUGCUUCAGAGUAUUGCUCUUGUAGCGGCUGUUUUAACAGAAAUUGUAAGGUUAGAUGUAGUUGAAAGCCAUGGAAUUGCAUAUGAUAAGGAUGCAAUUGUUCCCUUGUCUUUCUUAAUUCUUAUUCCACAGUUAGUAAUAAUGGGAGAAGCCAUGGUUGAAGUAGGCAAACUGGAAUUCUUUUAUGAUCAAGCUCCAGAGAGUAUGCGAAGUAUGGGAAGUGCAAUUUAUGCAGCCUCUAAUGGAAUUGGCUCUUUUCUCAGCAGCGCUAUUCUAACACUUGUGACUCACGUUACUGGAAGACACAGACACAAAAGUUGGGUACUGAAUAACCUCAAUGCUUCACGACUGGAUUAUUUCUAUGCACUUCUUUUAGUUCUGAAUAUCAUGAACUCUGUUGUUUUCAUGACUAUGUCUUUGUCUUAUACUUACAAAACAGAACCUAGUGAAGCCUUUGGAAAAGCUUCUUCCAAAGAAACACUAGUGGUAGACAAUAGUGUCUAG